AUGACUUCAGUGUACUAUGCACAUAAUGUGUUCGGUAAAUUACAAAUCAACUUGACACACGAUGACUUUUUGACCCCUGCUGAGCGAGAAGUUGUUGCUUCUGGUAUACCCCUAGUGAGGGCGAUGGCCGGGCUUUCAACAACACCAUUGCUGACCGUAUUGAUCUAUAAUAUACUGAUGAUAUGUCAAAUCGAUGAUCUUGUGACCGCUGUCACUGUUGCUAUGGCCUUGUGGCUCGCCACAAGUUCAGUAAUGUUUGGUCGAUAUGUAACAUAUUCGAUGCCCAUAAAAUUAUAUAUUAUUGACGCUGUUCACGAUGGAUUGCAAUGGUUGGGGUUGACGGUUGCCGUUCGUUAUCUGAUUCUGUUCAUCAAGUGA